ACGUCACAUAAACAGCAACCACCGCCAUCUUGGGGACAACAAACGACGGGGAGCAAGUGCCCGCAGAAACAAAUCUGAGUUUUCAAAUCAAAGAACCAUCACUGGAGUAAAAGUGACCUCCCUGGAAAUAAAUCAGUAAAUAGCAACUUCAACCAUGGCUCAGCGAGCUAUAACGGAGCAUAUUGAAGAAGUGAAGUCGAAAAUCGCUUUACUUGAGGGUGACAGGAAAGCUUAUUAUGAAAAUUCACAAUGGACAAUGAAACAGAACCGAGAUACAAUAGAAAAGCUGAGAAAGGAGAAUUGGGAACUCAGGAAGAAGCUCAGUGACUGUUUAAGUGCUGAUGACCAUGUGAUCAACAAAGCUUUUCAUGGCAGAAAAGUUGAGAGAGCUGCCAUGAAGAACAAGACAGGCAGUAAUGCCAUUACCAUCAUGGAUCGCAAGGUUUGUGACUACAUAAAGAAGCUUAAUGCUUUAAAACAUGUGACGGCUACUAAGCAGAAGCGUCUUGAAGAACUGCAAACACAGUAUAACCAGAUGGUGAAGGAUGCAUCAGACGCAGUGGCAACUGAUGCAGGGGAGUCUGAGGCAGCAGCGAAUUUGAGAAAUCUUGAGAACCGUUUGGACAAGGCUGUGCUGAAAUGUAAUGAAGCUGAGCAGAUCAGGAGAACUUAUGAACAAAUCAAAUCUAAACUAGAAGAGGAGUCCUUGUCCUUCCCCAAUCAGCUUGAUGCAAUGGAGGCAGAAAUCAAGAGGUGUCGGGAGGAACUGAAGGAGCUACGUGCAAUGUACAAUGAUGCACAUAUUUCUAAAGAAGCUGCACAAGCUGAACUACACAAACAUGAAGAGGUGGUAUAUGCUGAUCGUAAAAAACGUGAAAUUGAACUCCAGAAGAUGAAGAAGGAAGCAGAAGAGAAGAAAAUGCAGCACGAACGUACAGAAAAAAGAAUUGCCCAACGAGGUUCUUUGCAGCAAGAUGAACUGUCACCCUCAGAAAAAGCUGCUAUCCUGGGUGAAGACCAACAGGCCAAGAUUACUACUUAUGAAGAAGCUUUCAAGAGAAUCAAGGAAGCAACUGGAGUAUCAGAUACAAAGGAAGUGGUUGAUAGAUUUGAGAACCAGGGUGAGACACAGCGCCAUCUGGAGGAGCUUAAGAAAGACUCAGAGAAACAGAUACAGAGACUAAGAGAGGAGAAGGAGAAAUUGCAGCAGGAAUUCGAAGAUAUGAAAUAUACAGGAGAAGCCAAACUUUCAAGUGGACAGAGGUUACUUGAAGAAUUUGAGACACAUCUGGCAGAGGAAGAGAGGCGUAAAGAAGAAGCAGGAGAGCGACUUGACAAAGCAAGUAAAAUCCUGGUCAGCGUUAAGGCAGGCGUGGAGCACCUUUCUGAUAAACUCACUCACCUCAAAGCAAACAAAGGUCACGUUCCACAGGCACAGAUCUCAGCUACAUCAGACGAGUAUGUACUGGACUUGUUAUCCACAGCUGAAGAAAAGUUACUCAAACUUCUUGAAGAUUUGGAUGGCAAAGAUAUCAGUGAAGCUCUUAAACUGAUGGAGGAAGAAGAGUUCCAUGCCAGUAUAGAAGGAAAACUACCUUCAUAUAACACUAGGAUCAAACUUCCAGUUACUCAUAAAGACAAUGUCUAUGACGAUGAAGAUGAAAGUGGAGAUGAUGACGGUGAUGUUCUCACGAGAAAUCUAAUCAAGAGACAAGCCCAAAACAUGAUUGAUGCCAAGACUAAGAGAAAGAUGGGAGGAAAGAGGAAGAAAAAAACCAAAUAAACAUGAAGGUGUCAAGUUGCUGAAUAAAUGACUUAAAAUUGAUACAUGAGCCCAGUAUUUACUGCAUAGAGGGAUGUGGUUGUAUCCCAGUUUCUGGAUUUUAACUUUUUAAAAAUCUUUUCUUGGAUUUUUGCACAACUUUGUAAAAAUUUUUUUCAAGAACUUGAGUUUGAAAAUAGAACCUUAAAAUGCUAGUUCAAUUUGUCACAAUGGCCACAAAGUGACAAAGGAUCAAGUUGAUACAUUCAAAGCAUACUUAAAUUUUUGAGGUGGUAUGUAGCACUUCUGCAGGAUAAAUGGAUGAGAUUUCUACAUUCAUCUGGAAUUUCAAGAAAGAUAGCAGAAAGGCAUUUUUUUUUAAAGGAAAUGUCAAGUGCCACAUUUUACAGGCUAAUGUUGACACGUUACAACUUUGGAGUGCCUCUCCAAAAAAGCUUGACAUUACUGUGUUAUUGAGGCUGAAUUAAAUCAGCAGUUCAAGCACAUUUUAAUUUCCCUUCUUUUCAUAAUUUUUCCAUCUGUAAGUCUUUACAGAGUGCAUGCCAAGGACUUUGGUAACCAAGAUUUUGGUUACAAUUUUGAUGUAUUGUGUAUAAUUGCUAGAUGUAUAAAUUGUACAAAGUAUAUUUGUAUAUUAAAUGAUAUCAGGAAGUGUUCCUGGUCUUAAAUAGUGGAGUGCAGGAUGAUAUCAAUAAA